AUUUUACAAUUUAUCACUAAACUUAGUCCCUUGGAAAAGAGAUGGCGCCACAUCGCUUUAUGUCAAAUCAGUUUUUAACCUAAAAAUGGAUUUAGUCUCAACAAUCUUAAUAAUAAUCCUAAUUAAAUCGAUAAAAAGCGAAGAUUGGGAUAUUUAUUGGCGUGAUUAUAAAGGAGAAAUCCCAAAAGAUGCUGACCCCGCCGAAGCGAACUCCGUUUACAUUGGACAAGUUAUUUAAGAAGGAUUUUUAUUCGCCGGAUUAAUUUACGCAAAAACAGAUUCAUUUCGAUAAUCUUCUUGAAAACCUCGUAAAUACAACCAUCGAAGGAAACGAUUUUAAUUGGUAUAUUGGAAAAACGUUCCAUGAGAAUCAAUGGGGGGUUAAUUUUUGAGUCGAAUUCGAAAUAAAAUUGAGUGAAUAUAAUUAAAGGUUAACAAGUUUAUUGAAACGAUUUGAAAUAACCUUGAUAUCCUUGGGUGAAUAAUUUAAUCUAUUUAAUUUGUUAUGAAAAGGCGUCUAUGGAAGAGAUUUUAAUGGAAAUUAAUCUAAAGAUACCAUGGAUGCUGAAAAAUCAAUUGAAACGUUAGUUUUAAAGUUUGUUGAGAUUUUUUUUAACUUGGAUAAUAUAAGAAAAAUAAAAAAAUACAAGGAUUUAUCAAGUUGCAUAGAAAAGGCGUUUGUUGAAGAGAUUUUGAUGAAAAUUAACCUAAGGAUACCAUGGAUGAUGGAAAAUCAAUUAGAACCAAGGUUCCUCAAGAUUUUAUUUAACUCCGAUAACCAUUAAUCGGGAAAAAAAAGGAUUUUUUUCGGAAUAAUAAGGAAAAUAAGAAAUGAAAGGAUUUAUCAAGAAAGAACACUUGUUGAAGAGAUUUUAAUGGAAAUUCACCUAUAGAAUAUCAGGAAUGCUGGAAAAUCUAUUAAAACUGAGGUUCGUCAAGAUUUUUGUUAACUCCUGUAUCUAUUAAUCGGAAGGAAAGGAUUUUUGUUUCAAAAUAACACGAAAAAUGAGAAAUAAAAGGACUUAUGAAGAAAAGGCGUGUAUUAAAGAGAUUUGAAUGGAAAUUAACCUGAUAAUUCGGUGGAUGAUGAAAAAUCAAUUAAAACCAAUGUUUGUUAAGAUUUUUUUUUAACUCUGAUAACCAUUAAUCAGAAUUAAAGCACUAAAGCAACUAAAUAAAAGGAUUUAUCAAGAAAAGGCGCUUAUUGAUGAGAUUUGAAUGGGAAUUAACCUAAGGAUGGAUUAACCAUGGAUGCUGAAAAGUCAAUAACACUUAAUCAGAAGAAAAUGGUUUUUGUUUAUAUCUAAUUAGGAAUAAAAGGAUAUAUCAAGAUUUAGACUUAACUUAAAAAUGGUUGCAACGCAUCAAAAAUCCGAAACUGAGUUAAACAAAAAAAUUUAUAAAUGGGAAAUAGUUUGGAUUAACAUCGUCAUAUUAACUUAUUGGCACAUCUGCGGGAUUUACGGAAUUUACGUAUUACCCACGGCUAAAUUCGAAACGAUUUUAUGGGCAAUCCUGCUUGGAGUCGUUGGAAUAAUCGGACACACCGCAGGAUCGCACCGAUUAUGGUCGCAUCGCUCCUACAGAGCUAAUUUACCUCUAAGAAUCAUUUUGGCAAUCUUAUCCAUGACUUGUUACCAACACCGCAUUUACGUUUGGGCAAGAGAUCAUCGAGUUCACCACAAAUACGUCGACACAGACGCCGACCCUCACAACUCAACCCGAGGAUUUUUCUUCUCCCAUAUAGGAUGGUUCAUGGUUAAGAAACAAAAAGAGGUAAUCGAAAAAGGGAACCAAAUCGAUUUAAGCGAUUUAAAAAACGAUGGGGUGGUUAUGUUCCAAAAGAAAUAUUUCACCAUUUUGAUGCCGAUUUUUACCUUUGUGAUACCUUCGGUAAUUCCGUGGUAUUUUUGGGGCGAAUCUGGGGAAGUUUCGUAUUAUUUCGCGGGAGUUGCCCGAUAUCUUUGGAGUUUACACAGCAUAUUUCUUAUUAACAGUGCUGCACAUGCCUAUGGAACCAAACCUUAUGACAAGAACAUUAGGCCAACAGAAAAUAAAUAUGUGGGGUAUUUAGCGAUGGGGGAAGGUUGGCACAAUUACCACCACACUUUUCCAUGGGAUUAUAAAGCCUCGGAAUACGGGGAUUACGCCCCAAAUUUAACAAUAGCCUUUAUAGACUUUUUCGCGUGGUUAGGAUGGGCUAGGGAUCUCAAAACUGUCUCUUCUGAUAUGGUUAAACGAAGGAUUUUAAGAACUGGAGAUGGAACUAAAUUGGUGAUGGAAAAGAAUUUAGAUGAUUUAGUUAUGAGUGAUAAUAUUUGGGGGUGGGGCGAUGAAAACAUGAAAAAGAUUGAUUUUGAUUCCAUUAAACGACUCAACCAAUAAAUAAAGCAAAAUAUUAUUAAU